GAAAAAGUUAAAAAGUGCAGGCAUGCAUGAAAACCAUUGAAGGGUAAUGAUUAAUGAAAAAGACAUUAGAAAUUUGGUUGAAGAGAAGAUCCAGUAGUGGCGUGCAUGCGAGUCCUACGCCAAGAACACACACAGAGCAAUCUUUAACCCAAUUCAACUUGAGCACAAAACCAUACUGUGAUUUGCGAUGAGCGUUGUGUGAAAAUGUAAAUAAAAAAUAUGGAACUUGAAUUGAAGUUGAUGAUUGAUGAUGGAUUUGAGAAGAUUGAGGGAUCAUGCCAAUGAACUGUUCGUCAAAAUGUCAAUACGAACAACAACACGAAGAAGGAGAGUAACUUUUCAGGUCAAGAUCCACUGGGUUUUUCACUUCACAUCUGAUGAUUUCUUUCAUGAACUUUCACAUGAUAAUUCUUGUGUGUUGGAACGUAUUAGUGAAGAUCUCGAGUUCAGAUUUGAGAAAAGGAAAAGACAGAGAGAAAAGAUGUAUGUGGUCCCUCCUCCGAAGCGCUCCGAUCCUCUGUCUGGAUCCACAAACGGGCAGGAUAACUUGAGAAUUUACCAGACAUGGAAAGGCAGCAAUAUAUUUUUCCUUCAGGGAAGAUUUGUAUUCGGACCUGAUGUAAGAUCACUGGUGCUGACCAUAUUCCUUGUGGUAGCUCCUGUUUCAGUUUUCUGUGUCUUUGUUGCAAGAAAACUGAUGAAUGAAUUUGAAGAACACUGGGGGAUAUCAGUUAUGGUUGUGGCCAUUUUAUUCACAGUCCAUGUUUUAGUACUUCUCCUUCUAACCUCUGGGAGAGACCCUGGUAUUAUCCCAAGAAAUGCACAUCCUCCAGAACCAGAAGGGUUUGAUGGAAAUGCUGAAGGUAGUAAUCAAACCCCACAAUUAAGGCUUCCACGUAUUAAAGAAGUUGAAGUUAAUGGUGUCACUGUGAAGAUCAAAUACUGUGAUACUUGCAUGCUUUAUAGACCUCCUCGAUGCUCACACUGUUCUAUCUGCAAUAAUUGUGUUGAAAGAUUUGAUCACCAUUGCCCUUGGGUUGGACAGUGUAUAGGCCUGAGAAACUAUCGAUUCUUCUUCAUGUUUGUGUUCUCCACAACACUACUUUGCAUAUACGUGUUUAGUUUCUGCUGGAUCUACAUUAAAAGAAUCAUGGAUUCAGAAGACAUAACAUUAUGGAAAGCAAUGAUCAAAACCCCUGCAUCCAUUGUCUUAAUCGUCUACACUUUCAUAUCAGUCUGGUUCGUUGGUGGCCUCACUGCCUUCCAUUUGUAUCUCAUCAGCACAAAUCAGACAACAUACGAGAACUUCAGAUAUCGGUAUGACAGGAGAGCAAACCCCUACAACAAAGGAGUAUUAGAAAAUUUUGGAGAAAUCUUUUGCACGAGCAUUCCUGAUUCCAAGAACAAAUUCCGUGCAUACGUUCCAAAAGAACCUGGGCUCGGUGGCCGAUCGGUUGGCGGCGGUUUUGUGUCCCCUAACAUGGGGAAGGCGGUGGAGGACAUUGAAAUGGGGCGGAAGGCGGUGUGGGGAGACGGUGGUGCUGGAGUGGAUAGCCAACUUAGUGACAAUGAAGGUUUGAAUAUUAAAGAAGGUGGAAUUGGAGAAAUGUCGCCGGAGAUAAGAACACAAGUUGAUGAGGGCGAUCGUGCGAAUAUUAUACAUGCAAGGCGGUCGAGUUGGGGGAGGAAGAGUGGGAGCUGGGAAAUGUCGCCGGAGGUUCUUGCGUUGGCGGCGAGAGUUGGAGGCGGUGGUGGUGGUAGUACUAGCGGUCCGGCGGCGGUGAAGUUGUGAGUGGUAGGUUGGUUGAUUAGUAGUGCGUGGUGGUAGAUAGGAUUUGGUGGUGAUGUUUGGGUUGACACGGUGGUUUUAUUGGUGUGGUUUUGUGAGUUGCGGGAUGGGAUGGGAUCAUGUGUAAAAUUAGUUGGUGAUAUUUGGUUUUUUUUUUUUUUUUUU